AUGGCCACGCUCCGGCACGCUCUCCUCACUCCGUCCCCGCUCUGCUGCUGCUCGCACGCUCUCCUCCACCCAAGGGCCAGGAAGAUAUCUCCGAGGUUUCCACAUGGGGCCUUCUCCACGGCGAAGCCGUUCUUGCGGCGCGAGCUCUCGGAGAGGGGCGGGGCCUUGGCGCGGAGAAUGGCGGGCGGGCGGCGCCUUGGCGUGGCCGGGGCCGGGAAAGGCCCCUUCUUUGGCGGCGGGCGGCGGCAGGGGUCGACCGGCCGCGGCCGGGUCGUGGGGAACCUCGCCUUCGUCGCCCUCGUGGCCUACCUCGUGGUGAGCGGCCAGUUCCGGUGGCUGCUCGACGCCAUCGUCUCCCUCUGGCUCCUCACGGUACUUCUGCCUAUUGUGGGUCUCGGUGCGCUCAUAUUCUUUGCACAACGAAAUAUACUUCAGAGCGAUUGUCCCAACUGUGGAAAAAGCUUCCGGAUACUGAAGACAUCUGUGAAGAAUGGUCCACAAUUCUGUCCUUAUUGCACUCAACCUUUUUCUGUUCAGGGCGAUAAGUUUGUCAGAGAAGCUGCUAGCUUUUCCUCUGGAAGGACCCCUACAAAUGCACAACAAGCCUUCAAUGAGUUAUUCAACCGUGGAUCAAAUGGAAAAGCACCUUCUGGUUCUGGGACGAUUGUAGAUGUUGAGGCUGAAGUCACGGACAUCGAGUGA